AGGUGGGGACCCCAAGUUUCGAAAGCCGGGGGCCUCGACCUCUAGUCCUGUCACGGGCCCCGCCCCUCCCCGGGUCCUCCCCGCCCGGCCCCUCCCUCGGUGACCCCUCGUUGACCGCAUUUCCGAGCCGGGGCUCUGGGGCUCGGCUGCGGCCGUGGGUCCCCACGUCCAACUGCCAGCCCCUCCGGCCCCACUUGAGUUUGACGGGGACGGUGGCAGGACCCUUGGGAAGCCCCCAGGGGACCCUUGUUUGAUGGAGCCAAACUCUACUCCAGGAAGUAAAAAUGUGGUGCCCCGAGAGCCACUGAUUGCCACAGCAGUGAAGUUUCUACAGAAUUCCCGGGUCCGCCAAAGCCCACUUGCUACCAGGAGAGCAUUCCUUAAGAAGAAAGGGCUGACAGAUGAAGAGAUUGAUUUGGCUUUCCAGCAGUCGGGCACGGCUGCCGAUGAGCCUUCAACCUUGGGCCCAGCUACACAGGUGGUUCCUGUCCAGCCCCCUCACCUCAGUGCUCAGCCGUACAGCUCCCGAUGGAGAGAUUACGGCGCCUUGGCAAUCAUCAUGGCGGGGGUUGCAUUUGGCUUUCACCAGCUCUACAAGAAAUACCUGCUCCCCCUUAUCAUGGGCGGCCGAGAAGACAGGAAGCAGCUCGAGAGGAUGGAGGCCAGUCUCUCGGAGCUGAGUGGCAGCGUGGCCCAGACAGUGACUCAGUUACAGACGACGUUAGCCUCUGUCCAGGAGCUGCUGAUACAGCAGCAGCAGAAAGUCCAGGAGCUCUGUCAUGAACUGGCCACCACCAAGGCCACCACGUCCACCAACUGGAUCCUGGAGUCCCAGAAUAUCAGUGAACUCAAGUCGGAAAUUAACUCCUUGAAAGGACUUCUUCUAAAUCGGAGGCAGUUCCCGCCCUCCCCAUCAGCCCCCAAGAUCCCCUCCUGGCAGAUCCCCGUGAAGUCACCGUCCUCCUCCAGCCCUGCCGCCGGCAACCACCACAGCAGCAGCGACAUCUCGCCCGUCAGCAACGAGUCUGCGGUCUCCUCGCCCGUGAAGGAGAGCCACAGCCCCGAGGGCUCCACGGCCACCUACCACCUGCUGGGCCCGCAGGAGGAAGGCGAGGGGCUGGUGGACGUCAAGGGCCAGGUGCGGAUGGAGGUGCAGGGCGAGGAGGAGAAGCGGGAGGACAAGGAGGAUGAGGAGGACGAGGAGGACGACGACGUGAGCCACGUGGAUGAGGAAGACUGCCUGGGGGUGCAGAGGGAGGACCGCCGGGGCGGGGACGGGCAGAUCAACGAGCAGGUGGAGAAGCUGCGGCGACCCGAGGGGGCGAGCAACGAGAACGAGCGGGACUAGGGCCACCCUGCCUUCUGCGCGUGGGGACGUGGUGGUGGCCUCGAGCCGGAACGGAGCUGUGCUCAGCUGCCACGGGCCUUCCUCACCGCAGCCCCAUCGGCAGCCCAGCCCAGGGCUCCUGGCCCUGUGUGCGGGGUCACGUUUCUGUCCUCCCCCCAGCCCUCCCACCCCGCCACUCCCUCAGCUCAGCUCCAAACCAGACCCCCCGGCCUGUUCCUCAGAAGCCUCUGGACCCAGCCCCUGGCUCCAGCCCCCUCCCUCCCAGGCAGAUGACUUGUCCAGGGUCUGUCUGCAGAGUGUCUUCACCUCAGCGCCGUGCAUGACAAGGUAGCUUUGUUACCUGCCUCCCAGCUCCUCGGUGGAGAAAGCUGCCGCUGGUCUGGUGUCUGCUGCCCACCUCUCUCCCGUGGGCCCGGCCCCAAGCCCGGGCCACUCUGCCCAUGGCACCCAACUUGCUCUGCGCCAUGACCCCCUGGCUGUCUUGUCACGUUUCUGGAAGCUGGAGCCCUGGACCCACCUGACAGCGGCUGCCCCGGCUGCCUCCCCCACCCCCGUCCUGGAGAAACCACCGCUCUGCGCUCUGGCCUCCCUCGCUGGCCGCUUUGCCGCCUCUGGCCUCAGCUGACCGCGGGGCAAGCUGCCACUUUCACGCCCACACAGGGCUUCCUGACCGACAGCUGUCUGUCCUUCCCACCAAGAAACACAUGCUCAUUCGUGUGAUCAUGUGUAGAUUUCAGACUAUAAUAUACAACUGUAUAUAAUUGUAAUAAAUACGAGUUGCCGCUAUUUAA